AUGGCUUCCACAACAACAAACGGCGGUCAACCUCGCAAGUCGAUGCUUGUUCCCGCCGUUGCCACGGACCUUCGUAAGAAUUUGCGGGGUUUCGACCACUCGGUGAGCGAAAAAUGGCACUGCAUGGGCCCUCCCAAGCACUACGGGCCAGUCGAGCCAGGCGAAUACAGUAAAGUCGCACCUCAUUGUAAGGCGAUCACGGAAGAGCUCACGCCCUUUAUGGAGGAAUAUUUUUGGCGUGUCGACAAUAGCAGCCAGAGGGAAGUUUUCGAGGCCAUGUUCACGCCACACGCAAUGUAUUACAACAACGGCCUCAAGCAAAUUACAUUUGGUUCAGCAGACGCUCAUCAAAUUGACACUCGAAUGCCAUUCCAUCCCUGGUUGAUUCAUCAGAUCGACCGGAUGGCUAUCUUGCCCCCUCAUGACGGCGACCCAAACGCCCCGGUCCUUGUCCAUGUUCUUGGGAGCUCUUGGAACGGGCUGAAGAAAACCGAAGAUAAAGCCGAGCAGGAGAAGGAUGAGGAAGCGAAGAUCAAUUGCCCAUUUUCGGAGACGUUUGAAGUUAUCAAAUGGAAGGGGGAAUGGAAAAUUAACCGCGUGAUUCUGAUCUUGCAUUACGACCUGGCGACGAUGAUGACGAAAUAUGGCAUCAAGGGAUCAAUCUAG